UAGAUGUACUGUCACCAGUUUUUUUUUCCCGAGUACUCUCUCACUCCCAUCCCGACGCCAAUGUCGUGAAGGAGCCCCCAACCGCCGAACUCUAGAUCUAGCUGGGCGAAUCUCGCCGGAGAGGAAGCAGCCGCGCGCCUCACUCACGCUGGGCGCUGGGCGCGAGCGCUGGGCAGCGGGCCGCGCGUGCCUCACGCGGGUGCUGGGCGCGAGCGCUGGCGCCGCAUGCCCCUAGCGGGAGCUGCGUGCGCUCGCUGCCUCGCUGGGGCGGCGGACGCCGCCUGCCUCGCGCGGCGGUGCGGGCCCUGGGCGCUGCGUGCCCCUUGUGGGCGCUGCACGCGGGCGCCGGCCGCCGGGCCGCGUGCCUCGCGGGGGCUGGGCGUGGGCGCUCUGCGGCGAGCGGCCUUGCGCAUUAGCCGGACGGCCACGACUUCGAGUCCACGACGACCAAAAUUGCAGAACUAAAUUGAUGCGUCUUGUUCGUUCAGAUAAAGGGCGUCGACGAGAGCGCGGCCAAGAUGAAGCAGUUUGUGCUGGACAAGCUCCGAGGCUCGAAGGUGCCACAAGAGGCGCUGGUCACCGCGAGCAUCAGCAAGGGCAACGUGUGCGUGGCCGGAGACGCGCUGCACCCGAUGACGCCGGACCUUGGCCAGGGCGGCUGCUCGGCGCUGGAGGACGGCGUCGUCCUGGCCAGAUGCCUCGGCGAGGCCCGUGCAGUCAAGGACGCCAAGGGUGGUAGCGCCAAGAGGGAGCGGAUCGAGGCCGGCAUGCGACAGUACGCCAAGAUGCUAGGGGUAUUUUUGUCUUUUCAUCAUGCCCUUUUUUUUAACAACUCCGUUAGCUCAUUUUGACAGCCAUAGCAUGUAAGGGAUGAGAAAUUAUAAAUAAUGACAUAGAAGAAAUGUAGUAAUUUUUAAUGACAAAUAAGGGACGAGCUGUAUUUUCUAAUGGCAUAUAAAAAAU